UCUCUGGCAAUGAAUUUUAUAGCGGUGUGCGAUUCGCUGAGUCGCCAUCCGGCGUUUCCUCCACUCAAUCUCGCGCCCACGAUCGGUGUUUUUACUUUCUCGAGAGGGAGAGAGAGACACAGUAAGACAGAGCUGCGUUGGUUAGAGAUUGAUCCCGUAUAAAGCAAAUGGCGUUGUCUUUGUGGAUGUAGAUAUGGAGUUGCAGUGACAUUAGCGAGAGGGCGAGAGAGAGAGAGAGAGAGAGAGAGAGAGAGAAGGCAUUGGGCGAGAUGGGUUUGGAAGGAGAAGACGAGACCAGGAGUGUGGAGGUGAAGGAGGUGGUGGCGAUGGCGGAGGAGAACAGCAGCACGAGGAAGAGUAGCUGGAGGCGAUCAGUUGUGUGGACGGCUUUGCUCGCUGUGUUGAUGGCUGUGGUGUUGAGUUCGUUGUUGCCUCGGGCGGGUGUUGAGCCUGGUUUGCUGGGUCACAGCCCGAGUUCAUGUGGGUGUCAGAGUGGGCAGGCGUUUGAGGGUGUGGUGGAAGAUUGUUGCUGCGAUUAUAGCACCGUGGAUGCUCUGAACAAAGAAGUGUUGCAUCUCGUGCUCCAGGAGCUUGUUAAGACGCCGUUUUUCCGUUAUUACAAGGUGAAGCUGUGGUGUGAUUGUCCGUUCUGGCCUGACGAUGGUAUGUGCCAGCUGCGGGAUUGUAGCGUGUGUGAGUGCCCGGAGAGUGAGUUUCCGGCUGCUUUUAGAUCCUCGGAGGACGCGAGUUGUCAAGAAGGAAGACCUGAGGGGGUUGUCGAUCGCACCCUGGAUGCCACAGCUUUUCAUGGUUGGGUUGAUAAGGACAAUCCCUGGACUAUCGAUGACGAGACCGAGAGUGGGGACUUGACCUACGUGAACCUGCUCUUGAAUCCAGAGAAGUACACUGGGUACAAAGGGGAGUCUGCUCGUCGGAUUUGGGAGGCCAUUUAUUCUCAAAAUUGUUUCGAGAAUGGGGAAAAGGACUCGUGCACCGAGAGACGUGUGUUUUACAGACUCAUUUCAGGGCUUCACACGUCCAUCUCCACCCACAUUGCUGCGGAUUACCUGAUGGACGAGUCCACGAAUUUGUGGGGGAGGAAUACCUCUCUGAUGCAUGAUCGCGUGCUUCGACAUCCUGAGCGUGUGCAGAACCUCUACUUCACGUACCUAUUCGUUUUGAGAGCCCUGCUGAAGGCCGAGAAAUACUUGUCUGAAGCUGAGUAUUCUACCGGCAACGACGCCGAGGAUCAUCUUACUCACAAGCUGAUGGUAGCGUUAGUUGGCAGCGAGCGUCUCCGCACCGCGUGUCCCAUCCCUUUCGAUGAGGCCAAAAUGUGGCGAGGACCAGAUGCCGAUGAUUUGAAGCAACAGUUGCAGAAGCAUUUUCGUAACAUUACUGCGUUGAUGGAUUGCGUCGGCUGCGAGAAGUGCCGGCUUUGGGGCAAGCUCCAAAUCUCAGGUCUAGGAACAGCUUUGAAAAUUCUCUUCUCCGUGGAUGGAGAGAACGGGCUUGAUCUUCAACGUAAUGAGGUGAUAGCUCUCGUGAACCUUCUUUCCAGGUUGUCCGAGUCCUUGGAAGUGGUCCAUGAAAUGGCUGAUUUGGUAAGGGUUCAAAAUAGGAUUUCGACCGUCAUGGGAGGUGCUUCGUUGCCCGAUGAGAGCAAGAGCGGUAGCCGAUGGUUCCUUCAGGGAGAUGAUCAAACCCCUAGAAGUCUUCAGAGCCUGUUUCACAACAUUGGGUUCUAGUGAUUUUGGAUCUACAGCAGGUGAUUUUACACAUUUUUGUUCUUUAGUGAAACACGAACUGGGGCUGAGCAGAGUUAACUUAGAUUCAAUUAAUUAAUCAAUCAAUCAAUCAACAUCUGUAUAUUACCGAGAGGUAUCAAUUUAGGUCUGUAUAAUAACCAUUGUUGAUUAAAGCAUGAAGACAUAUGGCAGAAGGGAUGAGCCCGGCUGAUAGAUUUUUUUAUUUUUUGUCGCUUUUCAAAUGCCCUUGUUAAGACACUUCGUUUCGUUCCUUUGCAAUAAGGUUAUCUUUCAUCAAAUAGCAUCAAAUUUUCUAGAAUCAUGUGAAUCUGCUUGGGUGGUCACUCUACGCUUUUGCCAUGGACUCUGAUUGAAUUCGGUGCAAGUCCUCUCAGCAUUGGGACAGGUUUUGUUCUUGCAUCAUCUUAUAAAUUUGUUUCGGAUAACUACAGCCGAGUCGAAAUUAAUUACUGCUGUUUAUGUUCAGUUCUAAUCAUCUAGUUGGGCACUACUUACCCUCAAUAGUUAUUUUCCAUCCAUUUUCUACACAUGUAAUUGAGGAUAUGCUUCUGUGAGCUUUCUGUGCCUAAAGAAAUACAACCUGAUAGAUUGACCAUGUAAUUUGUUCGGGCUCUCCCGUAGCGUUGUGAGAGUUUGAAGUAAAAGUUCGUCGCAUUUUGCUUGCUUCC